UUGAUCCAUCAAGUCAUCAAUUCUCGGAAGCGGAUACUUGUUCUUAAUCGUCACUUUAUUCAGUUGUCUGUAAUCAACACAAAGUCUCAUACUUCCGUCUUUCUUCUUUACUAACAACACUGGAGCUCCCCACGGUGAUACACUUGGUCUUAUGAACUUUUUCUCAAGCAACUCCUCUAAUUGCUUCUUCAGUUCGGACAAUUCAGAUGCAGACAUCCUGUAUGGUGCCAUGGAUACAGGUCUGGUACCAGGUACAAGAUCAAUUGUAAAUUCAACUUCUCUUUCUGGCGGUAUAUCAGGAAUUUCAUCAGGAAAUACCUCAGGAAAUUCUCGCACCACUUGCAACUCAUCAAUUAUAGCUUGAUUCUCGAUAGAUAACGACGCCAACAAUGAGAACAUAUGCGCUUCGUCUUGCAUCGAUUGCCUUAGCUGUUUACCAGUCAUCAAGCCAUCUUCUUCCUCUUCCGCAGUAGAAAACCUCAAGGAUUUGUUAUAACAAUCGAUAUGAACGUAGUUAUACUCUAACCAAUUCAUACCCAAGAUCACAUCUAGACCGCUUAACGGUAAAAAAAUCAAAUCAACAACAAAGUCUCUGUCGAAGAUCGACAAGGGACAAUUCAAACACACACGAGAAGUAAUCACCGAUCCCUUAGCUGGAACCUCCACGACCAUUUCCCGUUUCAUAGAAGACAACCCCAGACCCAAUCUUUCAACACAAGCAGCGGCAGUAAAACAAUGAGUAGCACCGGUAUCAAUAAUAGUGAUUAAUGGCGUACUAUUAAUGAAACAUGUACCUCUGAUACUUCGGUCCUCACUAGGUGUCUGAGUCCCAGCCAAAGCGAACACCUUGCUACCAAGCGCUUUCUUUGGUUUCUGACACUGAGUACUGAUAUGUCCUUCUUAUCCACAAUUGAAACAAACAGCUUCCUUAUGCCUGCACUCAGAAACUGCAUGUCUCGCCUUACCACAACGGAAACACCUCUUCACCUCAGCAGUAGUGCACGCAUUGCUCUUGUGACCAAGCUGUCCACAUUUGAAACACACAAUCUUAGCAGGAGCGUCUCCCCCACUAGUCCUCUGACCUGAAGAAAUUCUCUGUUUACCCUUUCCCGCAUCAUAAGGCUUGCCACGAUUCUGUUGACUCUUGCCUCUCUUAUCGGUAACAACUUUGUGAUGAGCAUUGCUAUCUUCUUCAAAGAUUCUACAACUAUCAACCAAAUCAGAGAAGACACGAAUCUUCUGAUAUCCAACAACCUUCUUGAUGUUAGAGCGCAAUCCAUUCUCAAACUUGAUGCACUUAGAAAAUUCAGCACCCUCUCCAUUAAAAUGUGGGUAGAACUUAGCCAACUCAACGAACUUCGCAGCAUAUUCUGUCACCGACCGAUUCCCUUGUUUCAGCUCAAGGAACUCAAUCUCUUUCUUACCCCGAACAUCUUCAGGAUAGUACUUCCUCAGGAAUUCCUUACGAAACACAUCCCAAGUAAUUCCCUAACCUGCAGCUUCCAAUUUGUCGCACAUUUCCAGCAACCAGUCAUCAGCUUCGACUGCUAGCAUAUGAGUGCCAUACCGAACCUUCUGAGCUGGAGUGCAAUCCAUCACACGGAAAAUCCUCUCAAUCUUCUUCAACCACUCCAAUGAUCCAUCCGGAUCAUGCUUACCCUUGAACACCGGUGGGUUCUCUCUUUGGAAGGUCGUCAAACUGCGAGAUCCAAAAUUCUCGUCAGCAUUCGACUGAUUCUGCAUAGCUUGAGCCAUCGCUUGCAAAGCAGCAGCAAUCGCAGCAUCAUUCCUUCCAGCCAUCUUACCACUACAAUACAAACAUCAGUUAAAAUGAAAUAACAAUACUCGAUUGUUAGACAACUACGACUCGCUAACUUGGCCGGACGGACCGACCUGCUCUGAUACCACUUAUGUAACACCCCAAUUCUAAUCGGUAUAUAUAUUGCAAAUAUCAGAAUGAUAUAAUUUCAAACGAUCAUGAGGCAUUACAUAAUCACUUAAAACAUUAACAUAAUACUCCUGUAACAGAUACAUAGCACAUAAACUUGAGAAGGACUCAUAGCAGACGAACAUAAAAAUGAUGAACAUAACUGCGUUAAACAUAACUAUUCCUGUGGCAGAUAAUUUAUUUUUAAUAAUAAAAAUAGUUCACUAAAUCAAUCAAUAAACAACGGAUAUAACGUCUUUAAAACUUAAAGAAAACAUAGCAUCUUGUUCACAACUUAACAGGAACAACUCCUCAAUGAUAACUUAAUUCAACAACAAAUAUAACAGAAACAAAACAAGCGUCCAUCCCCCCUCCCCCCGAGUGAUACGUAUCAGAGCAAGGACUCCAAGUCGAAAUCAAGGCUAUAGACUACUCCUCCUGAUUACCUGCACAUUACCAACAAGGGUAACAUUCAAACAGAAGGGGUGAGAUAUCGAGUAUCAUAAAUAUAAGAAUGGCAAUGAAUAUGCUAGAUUAAUGCCACACGACUUCUUUUUACAUUCAUAUAGCUCAGUUACUAAAACGGUCACAAAUAACGUCAUCGACUCGGAUGCAACUUGAACACAACAAGGACUAUGCAUGUGCAUGAGGUACCAACAGGGCUUCAGCCCUCAUCACUAAUUGCCAAUUAUUAGAGGCACAAGGCAUAAGCCUUCAUCACAAAACGCCAAUACAGGCCAUCACAGAGUAUGCAGAUGCAAUGCGACUCGAAAGGGCGUAUACAUCUCAUAAUCAUCAUUUCAACAUGAGGCAUUGCACCUAUAUCACCACAUCACUAUCAUCGCUUAAAACCACAUAAUUCAGCACCUUAUUCUUUUUUUUUGAGAAUAAACCAAUAUAUUAUAAAUAAAGGGAAGGAACGGUGCAAAGCACCGAAUACAGAGGAACGAAACCGGAAAGAAAAAGAACAGGCAAAGGAACAAAAACAGCUACAACUAAGGGAUAAAAACAGAACAGAACAAAAACAAAAUAAAGCAAGAAACAACAAAUAACAAAAAGGAAAGCAGGGAGGCCAGCAUCCAGGAUCACCAGCAUCAAGGAGACACGACACUAAGGCAACCUCACAACGAACCGGAGCACCACCAAAGAGAAUUUGUUCUGCUGCACCCCGCUUUAGCCACCGAGUCAGCAGGACCGUUGGCUUCACGAAAUAUAUGAACCACCUUGGAGCAUUUAGUUAGUACCAUCAAGGAAUCGAUCUGGUUAAGCUCAUUCAGUAAUUUCCAGGGCCUAUUUGCUUUGGAAUUAACCCAACCAACGGCGAUUGUCGAAUCGCUUUCAAUCACCACCCCCUGGAUUAGGAACUCCUGGCAGAACAGAAGGGCUUUAAGGAUGGCUCGCACCUCAGCCUCAAAAGCCCAGCCAAACCCAGCAUUAAUUGAAAAAUAACCAAGGACACGAUUCUGGUGAUUACGAAGGACACCCCCAGGCCACUAGGCCCAGGAUUCCCCUGAGAGGCACCAUCAACAUUAAACUUCAGGGUUCCAAUAGAUGGGGGAUGCCAGGACGCUGAUCGAGGACUAUGAACCUUCCUAGAAAUUUUGAUAUUGCAGAAGUUUGUGCUGAAUUGAUCCGAAUCGAAGGGGCACUCCUUCCAAUAGGCUUUCACCCACCAAACAAUCCUCAACACAUGGAGAACCCAUACCUCUUCCUUGCUGAAAGGUUUGUGCCUGAAAACUACAUCAUUUCUCCCCACCCACAAAGACCACACCAACGAGUAGGGAAUCAAUUUCCAAAGCAGAGGAUCAGAAGCUACGCACAGAAAUUCCCACUGAUUUGCCAGAUCAAGCAGAGAUUGAGGAGUAACCCACGAGAUACCUUCUCUUUUCAAAAUAUCUCCCCACAUAUCCCAUGACAUGGGGCAAUGAAUGAAUAGAUGAUCAGCAGUUUCAGCACAUAGAAAACAAAGUGAGCAGGAGCCAUUAUCUUCCAAAUCCAUCCCUAUUCGUAAUAGGUUGGCUUUGCAAGCAAUCUUAUUGUAGCAACCCUGCCAGAAUAGUAGACCAACUUUUGGAGGAAUCACUUUUUUAACUUGUGAGGGAACAUUCCAUUUGUCACUUUCAAAAACCUUGUCUUCUACCCACUUGCAAAUACCCUUGACUGAAAACAGCCCUGAACUAUCAAAACUCCAACAUAUCCGAUCACAGGUUCCAAGGGAAGGGAACUUGCUGUUAAUUUGAGAGACAAACGAAUUAUGAAUUUCCAACUCCCAAUCAAAGAAAUUGCGCCUGAAGGACAGAUCCCAUACCCAUUUCCCUUGAAUAAAUACACCUACUUCAGCAACCAUACAAGUUUUAUUUAAGCUCAUAGCAAAAAGCCUUGGAUACUUGUUGCGGAGAGAGAUAUUGUCCACCCAUGGAUCCUCCCAAAACCUGGUAUUAGCUCCAUCACCGAUGUUAAUUAGCAUCCCUUCUUUGAGUCCCUUUGCUAGCAAUGAGUCUUCAUAAAUAAUAUUCACAAUGUCCUGCAUAAUAACUGACCAAUUCUUUCCCUCCACCAUAGCCACAUGGAAUAACAAGAUUCUAGGAUUUAAAUUGUAUUUGGCUAUGAGAAGUCUCCUCCACAGGCUCUUAUAUUCCACUCCAAACCUCCAUGCCCACUUUAGAAGAAGAGCUUUAUUUCUCCAUCCUAUGAAGCCAAGUCCAAGGCCACCAAAUUCGUGAGAUUGACAAAUCAUUGUCCAUGGUAUCCAUGCAAUUUUCCUCCCUGCUUCCUCUUUUCCCCAUAGGAAGCUCCUUAAAAUCUUCUCUACUUCCCCCACCACCUUUAGAGGAGCUUUGAAUAUGGCCAUUAAAAAUAGUGGAACCGAGCACAAUGUAGCUUUCAUCAAUGUCAACCUGCCGGAUAAUGAAAUGAAUUUUGAAUUCCAUGAUCUUCUUUUUCUUCUUAGUUUGUCCAGCAUUGGUUCCCAAAAGGAGACACGGCGAGGAUUACCGCCUAAGGGAGCACCAAGAUACAGAAUUGGCAAUUGACCUAUGCUCCAACCAUACAUACCUGCCAUUCUUUGAGUCACCCGGACAUCUACAUUGCACCCAAUGAUUGUUGACUUAUGCAAAUUCACCUUAAGUCCAGAGGUGAAGAGAAAGGACAGCAAGGGGAAGAUUUGGAAAAGAUAGAAAAAAUUCAGAAUUAAAAAAGAAUUCUGGAGGCUGGAAUUAUGUGCCGCGCGACCGCGCGAAGUUACCGUGUACUUCUGAUGCGAUCGCGCCACUUGUCAGCGUUCUGGAAUUAAACGCACCAGAUUUCGUGCCACUUUGGCUUACAGCGUGCGCAACCGCACCGGAUCACGUCUUCAGCAGAAAAGACAAAAAAGGGGUCCCAGCUCCCUGCUUCGCGCACAUGUGAUCACGGUGUACAUCACCCAUGUGCACCAUUUGAUUGGAAUCCGACGCCAGGAAUUGCGAGGGUGCAUGUUCUUACGCUGAACCCCGCCACACUGGAUCUCAGCCUCACCAGAACGUAGAAAACACUAUAAAUAGCGUUUUAAACCUAAUUUUUCAUGUUCUUUGCACCCUUGGACGAAUUUGAGCAAGCCAGAGACCCAAUUUUGGUUCUUGAAGGAAUUUUUCCAGGUUUUCUUUGAUCUUCUAUGUGUUUCUUCUUAGAUUCUGAAUUAUUCCUCAUGUCUAUGAGGAACUAAUUCUCUCUUAGCACUUGGGAUGCCUAGUCCUUUGGAUCUUAUGCUUUAAUUUGUACUUUGGUUGUGUGUUGGAUUUCUAUUAUGAUUUAUGAAUUCCGUUUCAGUUAUAAUUUUAUUUGAUUGCAAGCAAAUACCUUACUAAUUUCUGUGAGACUUGGAAGAGUGAUUAGAAAUUAGGGAUUUAAGGGAACGGAAUUUAUUAACUUUUCUCUACGACCUUAGGAAUGAGGGUAGGAGUUAAUAGUGGUGGCCGGAAUUAUAACUUUAUCUUUAAUCUGUUGGUUUAGGUGCUCGUAAAACAGACUUAAUAUUCAGAUUAAAAGUCUGUCUUGUUUAAGGAAUUAGCAAGGUCAGAAUUUAGGCUAUAUCACCAUAGAGAGUAAUUUUUAUUUCACACAAACAAGUUUGAUUAGGCAUAAGUGAUAAUUGGCGAAGCUAACCCAGGUGCUAUUUUUCCAAAUUAAGUUUCACAAAUUAUAUUAGCUUUCUCAUUUUUCCCUGCAAUUGAACAAUUAAAUCAAGACCCCCAAUUCUUAUUUUACUUCUGCUUACUAAAUCAUAGAAUUAGUCUGAAUCGAUAAUUGAACACAAUCCCUUGGGUACGAUAUCUCUUAUAUUACUACGGGCAAAUCUGUAUUCUUGCAGAUUGGCUUAUCAAGUUUUUGGCGCCGUUGCUGGGGAUUGUCUUUAUUUUAUUGAUUUAAGCUAGUUUUUAUUCUUUAGAGCUUUGCUUUUAAUUUAUUUUAUUCAAAAAAAAUAAAAAAUAUUUGUUUGCUUUUAAAUUGGUGCUCUUAAUUUGUUUGCUCAAGUGUAUGCGAGGUACUGUAGAUCCAAAUUCUCUACUUUUUGAUCCUGAGAUCGAGAAGACUGCUCGCAAGAACAGAGCUCAACAAAGAAGAGAAAAAGCAAGAGAAAAGGCCGAAAGUACCAUGGCUGCAGAGUCACCAGCUGAGAUGGAGGCAAGGCUCCGUGGUCAAUUAACUGCAGAAUUUAAUGAACGUAUGGAAGCUGAAUUACAGGCUCGUUUGAUUCAGAAUCAAGAGAAUGAGGCUGCAUUGGAGGCCGAGAGAUCCCUGAAAGACCUUAAUGCACCUCAAAUCAGUUUCAGAUUUGAGGGAAGCAUUGUCAAUCCAACAGACCUACCAAGAGGUUUCAAAAUUCCACCACACAUAAUGCACUCGAUAGCACAGAAUCAAUUCGGAGGAAGCGUACUGGAGGAUCCAUAUGCUCACAUGGAUCGAUUUACUAUGCAGGUGUCCCCCGUGGUAUCUGAACAAGUAAGUCUGGAUGAUGUCAGACUAACACUCUUCCCCCACUCUCUGAGGGAUGCUGCUGAAGAGUGGUUGAGGGCUCAACCUCAACAGAGUAUAAUUUCUUGGGAUGAUCUAGCCAAGAAGUUCUCAGAAAAGUUUUUUCCUAGCUCUCGCAUGAGGCAACUGAAGCAUGACAUCAAUACUUUCUAUCAAAAGGAAUCAGAGAAUCUUUAUGAUGUAUGGGAAAGGUUCAAGGGACUUCUUAGAAAGUGUCCAGGCCACAAUUUGAAAGAAUCAGCACAGGUAGACAGGUUCUAUGCAGCUCUCAACAGAGAUACAAGAGUCAAGUUGGACCUUGCGGGCAAGAAUGGAGCUUUUGAUCAUCUGUCAACUAAGGAUUCGCUUGAAAUCAUCAACAAUCUGGCUGAAAGGGAAGCCCACUCUAGCUAUGAUAGAUGCAACAAGAGCAGCAUCAAUGAAAUUCAGGCAUAUGACAAUGUAAUGGCGUUUAACAAGGCACUGUCAGAGAAGAUGGAUGUCAUGUUCAAGAGGAUGGAUGAUCGCAAGAUGAGCGUUGAGAAUGAGGCAAUGGAUGAAGAGAUCAAGUAUAUGAGAAGCUCUAGGCAUGAUCCACCUACUGGUACAUACAACCCCAGUUGGGCCAAUCAUCCUAGUUUUUCUUACAGAAAUCAAGAUGGAUAUGCACAGCAAGGAAAUUCUAAGCAGUACUCCAAUCCACAAAGGGGCCAAUAUCAAGAUCAGAGGCAACAACCUCAACAGGAUCAGAACUCUGGGAAAAGGAGCUUGGAAGACAUUGUGGGGCAACUAUCUCAAACCACUGAAUCUUUCAUGACUGAAACCAGAAAUACCAACAAAAAUCAUGAGGCUUCCCUUAGGAAUUUGGAGAAUCAAAUGGGUCAGAUUGCAAAACAGCUUUCAGAAAGGAGUCCAGGUAAGUUACCUUCUGACACUAUUGAGAAUCAAGCUAAUCUUUCUACUAUAACUACUAGGAGUGGUAAAAUUUUAAAAGAUGCUGAAAGAAAGAUAGUAGAAAAGAGGGGUGAGGAAGUAGAAAAAUCUAAGGAAGAGAGUAGGGAAGUAAGUGCGAAGAAAAAAAAUAAUGAUAAAUUCAAAGAAAAGAAAGAUAAAGAGAGCACCACUUUCCCCAAUGACAAGAGUUGUUGCAAGGUACCUUUUCCAAAAGCUUUAGUGAAAAAGAAUUUAGAAAAGCAAUUUUCUAAAUUUCUUGAGGUUUUCAAAAAGUUACAAAUAAACAUUCCAUUUUCUGAAGCUUUGGAACAGAUGCCUGCAUAUUCUAAAUUCAUGAAAGAGAUACUCUCUAGGAGAAGAAAGCUGAGUGAGGUAGAUGAGACCAUAAUGAUGAGUGAAGAGUGUAGUGCUAUCUUGCAAAGGAAACUUCCACAGAAAAUGAAAGAUCCUGGAAGUUUCACACUUCCUGUGGAAAUUGAAGGUCUACCUGCUGCUAAGGCUCUCUGUGAUUUGGGAGCAAGCAUUAAUUUGAUGCCUCUCACCAUGUUUGAGAGGUUGGGUUUAGGAGAGGUCACUCCUACCAUGAUCAACCUACAACUAGCUGAUAGGUCACUCAAAACUCCUUAUGGGAUCAUAGAGGAUGUUCUUGUUAGGGUAGACAAAUUUAUUUUCCCUGUGGAUUUUGUCAUAUUAGAUAUGGAAGAAGAUACUAGAAUACCUCUCAUCCUAGGAAGACCCUUUUUAGCAACUGGUAAUGCAAAAAUUAAUGUGAGGAAGGGAAUUCUUUCUUUGAAAGUAGGAGAAGAAAAAGUGAGGUUUAAUGUUUUUGAGUCGUUGAAACAUAGGAAUGAUGAGAAUAUCUUUAGUGUUGAAGUAGUGGAUGAGUUUGUUUUAUGA